AUUCUCCGGCGACACAAAGGGAGCGCGCCACGAAUUGGUACGAAAGCGUUCUCCUCCGGUGAGACAUCAAGGUGCUGUCAAAUUAUGCCCAUGAAACACAGCCGCCGUCUUUGUCAUGUACUUGUGUUUGUAUUUAUAACACUCAUCUAAGCGAUGCAAUGUGUUCUAGUGUGGCAAUCAACUGACUCACACCCCGCCCAACCCCCCGCUGGGUUGGCUGGUCUGCCCGCGCAGCUCGUGCAAGGUAAUAUGGCAGCUAACACCUGUCACUUGUUUCCGCUGCGUUCAUGUGCCGAGCCUUUCGAUGGAUGUAAUCCGAGGAUUGGACUUCGCGGACGCGUGGCGUGAUUGUGCGCGCUGGACACGCGCACAUCUCCCUCUCGGCCGGUUUGGAAAGAGAGUUGAAGUCUUGUGAUUACACGUUUCAGUGAUGUGGCUCGCGGCAGUUUUCCGGGCUCAAGGGGGAGGAAGGGAGGAAGCUCGUCAUCGCGGGCUUCAGACGGAGACACUGCCGCUACGCCUCUGUUCUGUUGACGAGGAUCAUAGUGCUCGUACUCGGGAUUGGGUCCAGUGGCAAAGCUCGGGAAGGCGGUUCGCCGGUCGUCUGGUACGUGCACUUUGGGUUCGUUGAAAUCUCCGGUCCAUCAUGGUCCCCAGAGGAUACAUUCCAAAGACUCCGUGACGUUUUUAUCUUGCUCCACCGAUUGGUGUCAACGUUUCUACAUGUUUUGUGAAAUAUCUUGACAUCUACUUGAGGGAUUAGCAGAAAAAAAAUCUGGCACAGACACUUAUGGUUUCCCAGAGGAUGAAUCCUUAUCACUUUCAUGAUCCCUUUUUUCUUUUAAUCCAGAUCCAUCAUCAGGUCAAAUUCUUUUUUUUAAUUUGUCCAGUGCUUUGGUUUAUGACUAAAUACCAUAGACUGUGAAUGAAUAUGGACGACGCAUCUCCACUUGGUAUGGCCAUGGUAUCAAGGUCCCACCGAUCAAAGCGCUCGUCAAUCUUUUUUUAUUUUAUCGCAUCAAAUAACUAAUUAAAACCAAACUUACCAGAACGUUUAACACUUUAACACGCAUCAGCGUUAUGAGAACAACAUAAAAUGGCGUGUGACUUGUACACUGAUUUCUUUCUAGUUUGGUCCGCAUGUCCUGUUUGCUAACAUGGAGGAGGCGGGGUUUGUGAUCAAGACCCAGGGCAGCCACCAGGGGGCGAUUCCAGAUGUUUUGGCUUCACUUUUAUGACGCUGUUAUUUCCAUGACAUUCCCAUAAAACCUCGGCUGUACUCUGUGUAUCGUGCUAAAUUACUAACACAUUGAAAGAAAGCGGGAAACCGAGAUUGCCUUUUUGUGACCGAAUACUUCACCCGCACGCCUCGAAAGCUGAACGCGUUCAACUCGUUCGCCAGUGUGGAACUGUUCCACUUCAAUGUGCCUGACGACACCAUGAUGGCCGUAUGGAACCUCAUCACCUUCAAGGAGCAGGGGGGCACGUUCGGAGACAGCUGCCCGAACCGCAACGUGACCGUGUACUUCAGGUCCGGGGCUCCGCCAGUAAUCAACCCCCUGUACACGAGCUUCCCCCGGGACACGGUCGUCCCGGGAUCCUUUGCGGUGACUCUGACCUGGUCUCUUCCGAACCGCACGACGGGCGCGUUCAACGUGACCAGCCCGCUCCCCGGGGACUGGUUCCUCGCGGCGCACUUACCCAAGGAUGAAGGCAAGAUCUCCGUCAAGGGUCUGUCUGAAGAAUGCCAGUAUCUGUUCCAACCGCAGCUCAUCGUCCAGAGGCUGAUUGGGAUUUCAGUGCUGUACCCUGGAUACUUCAUCGACCAGAUGAUCCCCAUCCAUAACAGAUCUGCACUUUAUAAAGUGUUCAUCCCCAAUUACGUGUCGAAGGUGAAGGUUCAGCUGGUGAACUGCAGCACCAGGAACAAGAGCAGCGACAGUUGCCCCGUGGUGCUGAAGAUAAGAGCCCGGGCGCCGCCGGUCCACAACUCGAGUGCCCUCGACUGCAGGGAGUGGAACCCUUGUGAGCUGGUCACGCCUGUCCCCGCCUGGGAGCAAUGGUACUACGUCCUGGUGGAGAGGUACCUCAGCAACUCCGACGUCUACUUCCGCAUCGGGGUGCAGGUCACGGAUUGCUCCAAGUCCAAUUUGUCCAAGGACCGCGCACCGCCCGGCUCCUCCAUGAACAUGCCUCAGUCUUUCGGAGUGGCGAUGGGCUUCUCGCUGUCCGAGACGCUCUCCGUGGCGACGCUGCCCAGCCUCGUGCCCAACGUCAGUCACCUGCACUCCUCCUCGGACGACAGCGUCGUUUACCUCGCCCCCACCGCCGACGCCAACAGGUGCUGGCCCAUCCGUCCGACUCUGCGCAACGAGCUGGACACCUUCUCCGUGCACUUCUACGUCUUCUUCGGCCCCAACAUAUCCAUUCCGCCGGACAGGGCGGCGGUGUUCGCCAUCAACCUGAUGCCCGUGUUGGACAGCGGAGGAGUCCUCAACAUGGAGCUCAAGCUCAACAUGUCUGCGCUGAAGGGAGCCAAUGUCACCGUGUUUGGCUGCCUGAAUCACGGGAUGCCUCUCUUCUUACGGGACCACUCGUCGCCGAAAUGUGAAUCAGAAUCGGAGGCCGGGUUUUUCCUUUCCGUGAACGGCUCUGCUAAUAUCACCAAGCUGAGGAUUCCCUACCCACAGACGGGCACCUGGUACCUCAGCCUGCGCUCUCUAUGUGGCACUGAGCAUGGAUUUGAGCCGUGCACCAAUGUCACAGCCGAGGUGUACAUGCGUGCAUACCUGACUCCCUGCAUCAAUGACUGUGGGACAUAUGGACAGUGCAAACUCCUGCGCACCAACAACUACCUUUACGCCGCGUGUGAAUGCAAAGCAGGCUGGGAUGGCUGGGGGUGCACCGACAACUCGGAGGCUUACUCCUACAGCUUCCAGCUCCUCUCCACCCUGCUGCUCUGUCUCAGUAACCUGAUGUUCGUCCCGCCCGUGGCCAUCGCCGUCCGAAGCCACUACCUGCUGGAGGCGUCCGUCUACAUCUUCACCAUGUUCUUCUCCACUUUCUACCACGCGUGCGACCAGCCGGGUAUCGUGGUGUUUUGCAUCAUGGAGUACGACGUCCUGCAGUUCUGCGAUUUCCUCGGGUCGCUCAUGUCAGUGUGGGUCACUGUCAUCGCUAUGGCCCGACUGAAGUCCAUCAUAAAACAGGUGCUGUAUUUGCUGGGGGCGAUGUCCCUGUCCAUGGCGUUGCAGCUGGACCGUCACGGCCUGUGGAACCUGCUGGGACCAAGCCUGUUCGCUCUGGGCAUCAUGGCCGUGGCGUGGACGGUGCGCACCAUCCGCCGGCGGCGCUGCUACCCGCCCACCUGGAAGCGCUGGGUGUUCUUCCUCUUCCCGGGCACCAUGAUCGCCACGUCCGCCGUGGCCCUCUACGCCUUCGUGGAGACGGAGGAGAACUACUUCUACAUCCACAGCAUCUGGCACAUGCUGAUCGCGGGCAGCGUGGGCUUCCUGCUGCCGCCCCGCGCCAAGACCGACGCCAAGGUGACCCCGCUGAAGCGCCGGCGGGGCUGCGGCUAUCAGCUGUGCGUGAACGAGCACGAGGAGCUGGGCCUGGUGGACCCGGCCAUCAUCUCCAUCAACAGCAUCUGCACCAGCUGAUAAACUCCCAGCCUUUUUACCUUAGAGACACUCCAUUGCCUUCUUUUACUUGGGAAAAUUCAUACACGGGAAAUUAAGCCACAGAACUUGAAAAAGUGAUGUAAAUACUUUAACGUGACACAUUGGAGUUCUUUUUAUUGUUUCUGUUGUUAUUGUUGUCAUUGUAAUUGCUAUCGACACAACUGUAAUUAUUAUACUCUAUAGUUAAAGUUGUUCUGAGGAAUUGUGGGUGUACAGUGACACAAUGUUUGUGAAUAUUUAAAGUCAAAGCUGGAACACUGCUGCUAUCUGACGGUGACUGUACAACUGCUUCUGUUGGUUAUUUAUUGGUGGUCUCUCGAACAGGCCAGUUAUUUUACUGUCGGGACACAGGUCGGGGGGGCACAUUUAUCAAGGGCACGGCUUUUUCUGAAAUUCUUUUGGAAUAUAUCUUUUGCACUGAGACACACAAAAAUGUUGUUCUGUAAAAUUUUAUAACAAUACGGACUACAGCGGGCAUCACAAAUGUAAAAACCUAGUCGUCGUGUGGAAUGUUAGACUGUCCUUUUUGCAAUGUUAUCGCUUUUACACAAACGUGCUGAUUGUUCUUUUAAUGGGAACUAUUCCAAAGUCCAACUGCCUGUUGAGAAGAGGCGAGGAGCGGGAGGCAGGAUUUACUUCACAGACCUCAAACCAAGACCUCACCUCCCUGUUCCUUUUUCUGACAGGACCUGUGACACCACAUUCAUAAACAAUAAAUGUUUUUUUCUUUCUUU